UAUAGAAACAAACGAAACUAAAACUUAGUUUGUUUUUGUUUAAAGUUAAAAAGGAUGGAAAUAGCGAAAGGAAGAUGAAAAGUCAACAAAUGUCAUUAAAAUGAGGAAGAAGGCAAAAGGAAAAUAAAGAAAAAGAAAAAAUGGACACUUUAUUUACGCGGAAGAGUAUGAAAAUGGUUGCCAUUUUCAGUUUUCCUUUGUUCCUUCCUUCCACUUACGCGAUACUACUUCUUCUCUUUUCCCACUUUCCCCUCUCCCCUUUAACCCCACUCUGCCUCUUCUCCUCUUUCUCUCUCAAACAUUUUCAUGCCCAUUAACCUAAAUUUCAACAAUCCCCAUCUCAUAUUCAAACAUACCCAUCAAGUCCCAUAUCUUCAUUUCCUCACUUUCUUCCAUUUUCUGAUCAUAUUCACUCUUUGAUUGUGAUUUUAAUUGAAACCCAUGAUGUUGAGGUCGUGUUUCCGGCCGCUCGAGCGGUUUCUUGGCCGGUGGAGCGGUGAUGGAUUGCUCUGGCACUCGGAAUUGAAGCCUCAUGCCUCUGGUGAUUACUCGAUCGCUGUUGUUCAGGCUAAUUCUUGUCUUGAGGAUCAGAGUCAGGUUUUCACGUCUCCUUCUGCUACUUAUGUUGGUGUUUACGAUGGUCAUGGCGGGCCUGAGGCUUCUCGUUUUGUGAAUAAGCAUCUUUUUCCUUAUAUGCAUAAGUUUGCUUCAGAACAAGGUGGACUAUCGGAGGAUGUUAUUAAGAAGGCGUUCAAUGCUACAGAAGAGGAGUUUUUGCGUUUGGUUAAACGGGCAUUGCCUGCAAAUCCGCAGAUUGCUUCAGUCGGAUCAUGCUGUCUUGUAGGUGCAAUUUCAAAUACAAAGUUGUACGUUGCAAAUCUAGGUGAUUCGAGAGCCGUGCUUGGCCGUAGAGGUUCGGGCAAUAAGAUAACACCGGUAGUUGCAGAACGAUUGUCUACUGAUCACAACGUUGGCGUUGAUGAAGUUAGGAAAGAAGUUAUAGCACUUCAUCCCGAUGAUUCUCAUAUAGUUGUCUAUACCCGUGGAGUAUGGAGAAUAAAAGGCAUAAUUCAGGUUUCAAGAUCUAUUGGCGACGUUUAUUUAAAGAAACCUGAGUUCAACCGGGAUCCAAUAUUCCAACAAUUUGGGAACCCCGUUCCUUUAAAACGACCUGUAAUGACUGCAGAACCAUCAAUCCUAACACGAGAGCUUAAACCCCAAGACUUAUUCCUCAUCUUUGCAUCAGAUGGCCUAUGGGAACAACUAACCGAUGAAGCAGCAGUGGAAAUAGUUUUCAAGAACCCUAGAGCUGGGAUUGCAAAGAGAUUAGUCAGUGCUGCCCUCCACGAGGCAGCGAAGAAGCGGGAAAUGAGAUACUCUGACUUAAAGAAGAUCGAAAAGGGGAUUCGACGUCAUUUCCACGAUGACAUCACUGUCGUCGUCGUGUAUCUCGACCACAACAGAAGCUCAAACACCAAUCGAACAAAGAACACUGUUGCCGGGUACACUAGUGCACCUGUUGACAUAUUUUCUCUUAACUCAAACUAUGAAGGUGAGGAAGAAACUUCAGACAAUGUUUUGAAAAACUAACUGAUUUUGGGAGGCAAAUUAUUGAUACACACAGAAAAUAGGAGGCAUGUUAGGUAGGGGGGAUGGGACAGGGUUGUUCAUCCAAUUAGAAGAAACACAAGUUUAUUAAUGUAGAUAAAUUUAAGUCUCACUAACUUCUAUGGAAAUCUCCUGCCUUAGAUUCUUUUUUCCCCUUGGUUUCUGAUUGAUUUGUUUUUUCAUUUUUUUUCCCUCCAUUGACUUGUAAGAGGUUAUAAGAUUCAAUAAUGGCAGGCAGUUUUUUUCCCACUUUUUACAUCA